AAGGUGAAGCAGUAGAGAGAGCGCAGAAUGACCACAAUGCUAGAGCGGAAGAGGCUGAAGAUGCACCUGCCAAUAGGGAUUCUCAGCGCAUGGCUAAUGUUGACCACCUUCUUGCCACAUGUACAGAGCCAACAGCUGCUGCUAAUAAUAUUCUAUAGCGCUUGAUGGAGCGAGCAGCUGAUGAAAGCGAAAAUAUUAUUGAGUAUGCGCAGCAUCCAUGUGUCAAAAGACGGCAACAAAUCCUCGACUUUUUGGCCCGGCCAGUAGAACCCGAAGAAAUGCGGUACACAAGAAGAAGCGCUGGAGGAUUGGUCACCGAGCAUUUUUUUAACCAGGGAAAUCCAAGAGAUCGUCAAAUUAAUGAACAACAUAAUCACUCUGACGAUUCAUCUUGUUCUUCUUCUACAACCAUUUUUCCCUUAUCUACAUCAUCUUCGAACACCAAUACUUCUGUAGAAUUGCAGGAUUACGAGGCCGAUGAAAGUGAUUUUUCUAUUCAAGUUGCUAGAGGACAAAGAAGAAGAAUUGAAAAUUCAAGCAGCAAUAAUGAUGAUUUGUCUGACUACGAAGAAGAGGAUAAUCAGCCCAGUGAGGAGAAUGAGGAGGCGGAGGAGGAGAUCAGCGAGGAGGAUGAGGAGAGAAGCGAAACAGACGAUAAUAUGAAUUAUCAAGGAGUCGAUGAGGAAGGAGAUGAGGAUAUCCAGGCUCCUGGUAAUCGUUUUGAUAUUUUCCAACAAAAUUCGCAUUAUAUAUCUAAGUAUAAAAUAGAAGGUAGACGUAUUGUGCUAAAAAUAAGAUCUCCACCGAAGGAUGGAUCUAUAAAUCCGAUAGUUUGGUUGGAGUUAGUUAUUCGCGAUAUUUAUUCUUAUAUAAUUUCAUUAUGUAAUGAAAACGACAUGAUUGGUGUCUCCGUUAGAAGUUUAAAUUUUGCACGAGGCCCGGGUGGGUUAUCUUUACGAUUAGUAAAUAAUUUUUUUACAAUGAUUUAUGGAAUUUAAUAAGCGGAUUAGCUCAGAGUAAUGAGGAUUUUCAAAUAGAUGAGAGCUUUAUUCUAACAUUAACACUUGUUAAUAUACCUAAUGGUGGCCGAGGUGGAAGUAGAAAGAGGAUAAAUGUUAACAGCUUAGCUCAGAGAUCGGUUGUAUCUAUAAGAAAUAACGAUAAUUUAUGUUUACCAAGAGCUUUAAUUGUCGGGGAGGCUUUUAUGAUGUAUAAAAAAUUCUUUUCAAACGAAGCCAUUGAUACUUGGAAUAUUGUCAGAGAUAGCAGACGUGGUAUGCAAAAAGAGCGCGCAAAUUUCCUUACUAUUAAUGCAAACGUCGUAAUUCCUGCAAACGGGUGCCGUAUACGAGAAAUAGAGACGUAUCAGCGGUAUUAUGUUGCAAAAAAUAUCGCUAUUGUAAUAUACGAUAGUUUAUCUUUUGGAAGUGGAGAACCACCCUUUUACGAUGGAAGACCUCUGUUAAAUUCAAAUUCUUUUGACGUUAUAAAUCUUUUGUACGACGCGCGAAGGGGUCAUUUCGAUACAAUAUUAAAUUUCACCGGUGCUGCACGCAAUCGUUUUUUCUGCGAACAUUGUAAUAAAAGCUAUAGAUACGUAGAUGAGCAUAGAUGCACAGCCAAAUGUGACAGGUGUUUUUGUGCGCCAACGUGUAAUUCUAAUAUAGAUAUUAUACAGUGUAUAGAAUGUAACCGAGAAUUUUACGGACAAAUAUGUUUCGACCGUCACAAAAUAGAUGGGUCAUACAAAAAAAAAAUAAUAAAAAAAUAUGCGAUGUAGUAAAAGUUUGUAAUAUGUGUUGCAAACGAAUUAAUAUCUACAAGUCAAAGCACGAGUGUGGAAUCAAUUGGUGUAACUUAUGUCGCGAAAAACAUGAUGUAAAUCAGCUCUGUUAUAUUCAACCCAUUGGACGUAAUGUUAACGUGCAGAUUAAUCGUAAAUCCCCAAAGAAAAACUUAUUUAUUUUUUAUGACUUUGAGACGCAUCAAGAUUCUGCUUACCGUGAACAUAAAGAGAUAAAAAUACACAUUCCAAAUCUAUGUGUUGUACAACAGGUUUGCGAUGAUUGCAUGGAUGAUGAAAAUAUAAAUAUACUAUGCCAUACGUGUGGUGUAAGAGAGCAUAUAUUUCGCGAUGAUCCAGUUAAACAAUUAAUAGGUUUGACAGUACGCGAGAAAACUACCUUCGGUCAAAUAAUUUGUAUUGCUCAUAACUCUCGUGGGUUUGAUGCGCAAUUUAUUUUGAGAGAAAUCGUUGAAAAUACCUCAAUAGUACCGAACGUAAUAUUGAAUGGACAAAAUAUAAUUAUGCUUCAAUGCGGGCGAACAAAAUUUAUUGAUAGCUUAAACUAUUUUCACAUGAAAUUAAGUGCUUUACCACAAACCUUUUCUCUACCGACAGCUAGCAAAAAAGGAUAUUUUCCUCAUCUAUUCAAUACUUUAGAUAAUCAAAAUUAUGUUGGCGCUUUACCCGAAGCAUCGUUCUAUGCGCCUAAUGCCAUGUCGACGUCUGAGAGGGAAAAGUUUAUUGUAUGGUAUGAGGAGAACCGAAAUACUUAUGAGUUUGAUUUUCAACGUGAAAUACUCGAUUAUUACCGUAUGGAUGUAGAAAUUUUAAGACUUGCAUGCAUGGCUUUUCGGAAAAUUUUCAUUAAGUGCGGGAAUACUUGUCCGUUUACAGAGGCAACGACCAUAGCUUCUGCAUGCUCCAUUGUGUAUAGAAAAAAUUUCUUACGCGAAAAAACUAUCGGUAUCAUUCCAGCAGGUGGAUAUCGACCCGCUGAUAAUCAUUCACAAAAGUCAAUACAGUGGCUGUUACAGUGUGAACGUGAGAUUGGUCAGGAAAUCAUACACGCGGGUAGAGCACGUGAAUUUAUGCUUCCAGAAGGGUUUCGUGUAGAUGGCUAUUUACCUCCGGAAAAUGAUAAUGCUAAAGGUAUUGUCUUUGAAUAUCAAGGCUGUUACACACACGGUUGCCCCAUUUGCUUUAAUAAACGACGAGAUAAAAUAAUGUCAUACGGUAGAACUAUGGAUGAGUCGUACGAGAAUACUUUUCGGAAAAUUCAAAAAAUAAAAGCCCUGGGUUACGAAGUUCGAGAGAUAUGGGAAUGUACUUUUGAUCGGAUAAAAGCAGA